AUGCACUUCCGCGUCCUCCUCGUCCUGGCCGUGGCCACGUUUGUUGCAAGCUGCAGCAGCUUUGCUAGCGCGGACACUCGAUCUACUAAAGGCGUCGACGACGACAGCUCUGCCAUUGGCCGCUUGCGUGGAGAAGGCGCUAUGCAGAUGGAGGACAAGCAACUGGACUUCAGGCCAUCAGAGAUGGACUCGGAGUUGACGGAGCAGGCGGUACCUGAGGCGGCCCCGGCGGGUAGAGAUGCAGGCCGCGUCCCGCUCACGGACGCUCAGAAGGCUAAGCUGAUGAAAAAGAUCAGGGCUUUCGCCAAGGACGAUGAAGCGAGAGCAAUGAGUUUCGAAAAUAUACUGCUGUGGAGCGGGCUGGCUGGAGUCAUUGCGGGCAGUGGGUGGUUCGCCUCUUCGCUCUUCAAGGCCAAGGGGCCAUAUACGAACGGCUUGCCACUUGCAACAAAAGCGCCGGGCUCUUCGUAG